AUGAACGUCUUUCAAAAUAAUGGUCAAAUCUCUUAAAAUCAAAGCAUUUCUGUGAUUUUCAACCAUGCUUAAGAGCAAAUUCAAUAAUAGCAUUUCGAAAUUCAACAGAUGUAAAUUGAGAGAUAAAAAACUUAUGAAAAGUUGAAAAAACACCUAGAAAAGCUCAAUCUAUUAGUUUAACGAAUGACCAACCAAUAGAUUGUUUAACAAGUUGACUCGAAAUCCAACAUUUGUAAUCAGUAAUACAAAUAUGAAAUUUAAAUGGAUCAAGAUCUAGAGCUUCCUUGCUAUAGGAAUAGAAUUUUUUAAAUAAGACUAAGACUUGUUGAAAAUUAAAAGGUCAUUUGUAAUGCCAAUAAUAUCCUUGUGGAAUUAUAAGUGUAAAAUAGUACUUAAUAUUAGAUGGACCUACGAUAGUCAACCAAAAAAGCUAAGUCAUAACAACAAAAACUAAUCAAUAUACAAGGGAUGCUAAUAAACCAUUAUUAAAAAAGGCUAUGGGUGUUUGAACAGAAUACAGAUUAAGGAAGUUUCUUCUCAUUUUCCGAGAGGAGUAUUUCAACUCAUAGUAAUUCCUAUAGAAGAUGGUGCUGUGGUAGGAAAUGAAAGGUAUUAAAUUUAAUAAUGGAUAGUAAAUUGCACAUAAAAAAAGAAUGGGUCAAACCUCUUGUAAUCAAUGAUGUUUCAAUUAAGGCAAAAAAGUUUUCAGAUAGACACUGUCCAUAUUUUGCCAAAUCUGAUGGAACAAUUAAUUUAAUUGAAUAAAACUGA